AAGGCAUAUUUGAUGCUAUUUUGGGAGGAAAGUUAGAUAUGGAUAGCGAGCCAUGGCCUUCUAUUUCAGAAGCUGCAAAAGAUUUGGUUAGAAAAAUGCUGACUUGCGACCCUAAGGAACGCAUUACAGCUGCUGAUGCCCUCGAACACCCUUGGUUGAAGGAAGGUGGUGAAGCAUCAGACAAGCUUCCAGACAGUGCUGUUUUAAUUAGGAUGAAACGGUUUAGAGCAAUGAACCAGAUGAAGAAGCUUGCUCUGAAGGUCCGUCAAAAUUUUAUCUGUGCAUAAAAAUGGAA